UGGGAUAAAGAUAUUCCUACGCGAUAACAAUUAUCUGAUAAGAUUGUUAGGUUAAGUGGAGUUUCGAGACAGUUUUGAUCUGUUUUAGCAUGGCGAAAAGGAACUCGGUUGUGCGUGAAAUAGUGCGGUAGUAUUCGAGCAUUUGUUCGAGAAAAUUCCGGAAAAGGAAAAACAUAUUGGUAUACCGCGAGGUCCUUUGGUCGUUGAGAUUGUGCCGGAAGCGGAAGCCAUCUUUAAUUGAAAAACACGUGCUUUUCGGAUUAUACGCACAUGUGGAUUUGCGUCUCGGACAAUGAGAAUUUAUAGCGCGUAAUGCUUCGUUCGGAUCUCGAAAAAUUAGUUAUUACUGAUUUACGUAGUCUGGCAGACUCUUUAAAUCUUGGCGCGAAGGGAUCUCGUUCCAGCGUACUCGAUCGGGUUGUGAGCUAUUACGAACGAAAAGGCGAAUUGAUAGAUAUGUCGACGGAUGCAACAGCCGGUGUUUCUGAGAGCGGUGGACAGUCGGUUUCAAACGCGAAUGCAUUAUUUAUUCCUGAAAACGCUGCUGGGUCCACGUUUCAAGUACGCGGCGGCGCAAGUGAUUUAAUAACAAAUGAUUACAAUGUGAACGAAAUUGUUCGUUCCGUCGUACGGGUGUUGAGCGAGAGGCAACGCUCGACAUCAACGGAGCCUGUCCUUGGGAAUCUUUCGCCGAAUUCAGCGCAGAACAGGGAAGUGGAACGGAACCCAACAAGCACGUGGCAUCAUGUAAAGUACGCAGGAAAACUGAUACCCCCUUUUAGUGGGAAGGAAGAGGAAUGUGUCCUGCGAUGGCUCGAGAGGAUAGCGUGUGUCGCAUGUAUGUAUGGUUUUGAUGAUAACACGGUGUUGUUGGCAGCCAUUAGUCAACUUCAAGGUCGCGCUCGAGAUUGGUAUAAUCGACAACCGUUAGAAUCAAUUGAAAGAAAAGAAACGUAUACUACAUCCAUGGCCCGAAUUAACGCGCGUAUUUGGAAGUCACAAUCCGAGAAAUUUGUCGAGUAUGCAGAGGAUAAAUUGAAUCUAAUGCAAUUCCUGUCUUUUAGUGAAAAAGAGAAGAUUGAACUGUUGGCAGAUGGUGUCAAAGACUUUGCCAUUCGACGAUUAGUUUUAGACACUUGGAUCACCAAUGUUCCAGAUUUUAUCGAACAUGUGAGAAGAAUCACUGAAGAUAGUGUAAAAAUACGAAGAACGGAGCCUGUGAAUAAGUUUACAAAUCGGAGUGCGUCGAUUUCGGUACCCAACCGAAAUGGGAUUACGUCAGCAGAUAAAGUCUGUUUCACUUGCAGAAAACCGGGCCACCUAGCGCAGAAUUGCAUUGCAGCCAGGCCUACUUGUUUCAAAUGUGGCCAAGUUGGUCAUUUGAGCUCGGCGUGCCCGAGAAGAGAAGAAGCCAAACGAGGGGACGCGUAG